CCACGUAGUGUUAUGUAGCAUUGUGUAUUUUAGUACCAUAGUGUUGUGUAGAAUAUUGUUUUGUAGUCUAGUACCACGUUGUGUUGUGUAGCAUAGCGUAGUACCACGUAGUGUUGUGUAGCAUAGUGUGUUUUAGUGUAGUACCACGUAGUGUUGUGUAGCGUAUCGUUUUUUUGUGUAGUAUCAUGUAGUGUUGUGCAUUAUAAUGUAUUUCAGUGUAGUACCACAUAGUGUUGUGUAGCAUAUUGUAUUGUAGUGUAGUAACCCGUAAUAUUGUGUAGUAUAAUGUACGAUUGUGUAGUGUGUGUGAAGUGUAGUGUAGUUUGAUUUGUAUUUCAGUGUAGUACCACAUAGUGUUGUGUAGCAUAGCAUAUUGUAGUGUAGUACCAUGUGUAGCAUAGCGUAUUGUAGUGUAGUACCACGUACUGUUGUGUAGUAUAGUGUAGUGUAAUGUACGAUAGUGUAGUGUGUGUUAAGUGUCAGAGUUCUGUCUCGUGUAGUUUGAUUUGUAUUUCAGUGUAGUACCAACGUAGUGUUGUGUAGCAUAGUGUAUUUUAGUGUAGCACAGUGUAUUUUAGUGUAGUACCACGUAGUGUUGUGUAGCAUAACCUAUUGUAGUGUUGUGUAGCAUAGUGUAUUUUAGUGUGGUACCACAUAGUGUUGUGUAGCAUAACCUAUUGUAGUGUUAUGUAGCACGGUGUAUUUUAGUGUAGUACCACGUAGUGUUGUGUAGCAUAUUGUAGUGUAGUACUACGAAGUGUUGUGUAGCAUAGUGUAUUUUAGUGUAAUGCCACCUACUGUUGUGUAGCGUAUUGUAAUGUAUGUUUGUGUAGCAUAGGGUAUAUAUAUAUGAGUUCUGUGUCGUGUAGUUUGAUCCAUGGUGUGUAGUGUUGGGUAGCAUUGUGUAUUUCAGUGUAGUAUCAUGUAGGGUUGUGUAGUAUCAUGUAGUGUUGUGUAACAGUGUAUUUAGGUGUAGUAUAAUGUAGUGUUGUGUAGCUUUUUGUAUUUCAGUUUAGUAUCAUCACGUGUAGCUUCUUGUAUUUCAGUAUAGUAUCAUGUAGUGUUGUGUAGUAUCAUGUAGUGUUGUGUAGUUUGUGUAUUUCAGUAUAGUAUCAUAUAGUGUUGUGUAACAGUGUAUUUCAGUGUAUUUUCAUGUAGUGUUGUGCAUGGAGUGUGUAGUAUAUUGUGUAGCAGAGUGUGCUUUGAUGUUUUUGUUGUGUGUCACUUGGAGAUUAUGUCCCCGAUGAACACCAGCGCCGUGACCAUAUUUGGCAAGCGCAUCAGCACGCCACGGGACAAGCAAGCUCUCCCGAUGACCUCCGACCCCACAUUUCCCGCUUUCACCAGCGAAACAAACAUCGAGUGGGGCGACGACACAAAUGUUGAAUGGGGCAUCAACACAAACGUCGAGGGGAGUGACGACACAAAUGUUGAAUGGGGCAACGACACAAACGUCGAGUGGAGUGACGACACAAACGUUAAAUGGGGCAACAACACAAACGUCGAGUGGAGUGACGACACAAAUGUCGAAUGGGGCAACGACACAAACGUCGAGUGGAGUGACGACACAAACGUCGAAUGGGGCGACGACACAAACGUCGAGUGGAGUGACGACACAAACGUCGAGUGGAGUGACGACACAAACGUUAAAUGGGGCGAAGACACAAACGUCGAGUGGAGUGACGACACAAAUGUUGAAUGGGGCAACGACACAAACGCCGAGUGGAGUGACGACACAAAUGUUGAAUGGGGCAACGACACAAACGCCGAGUGGAGUGACGACACAAACGUCUAAUGGGGCGACGACACAAACGUCGCUGAGGGAAGUUAUGGCGAGGGGGGGCAAGGACACGCUGGCGUCCGAGAGCGACGCGGAAGUCAACAUGGCCGACUGGUGGCUGCUGAUGGAGACUCUGAACGAGGAAGAGAGCGAGUUUGACGAAGAAGAGCUGGAGAGCGCCGACGACAAGCUGAGCGAAGACGGGGCCCCGUGGUCGCUGGGCUAUCACGGCCUCUUCCAGCUGUCGGACAGCUUCUUCUGCCAGUCCGACGCACGCUGGAGUUAGAACGUCUUGCUACAGCACCUGCGGCGCCUUCACUGAUGAUGACAUCACCGACGACCUGGAGUGCUUCGUCAAGAGUCUUUGCUGGCUCUGCUGAGAUGAAGUCAAAGACCAUGCCGCUUGUCGUCCUCGCGGUCCUGAUGAUGAGGAUGUGCCAGGGCCGUGUGGUCUCUCGAUGUGAGCUCAAAAAGAGACUGGAUGAGGUCAUUGUGCUGCCUGAAGGGCUUCAAACGUUCAAAAGGAACAUCCUGUCAGUAGUCUUGUGUGAAGUGGAGAGGGUAUCCAAUCUGAACACCAGUCUAGUCCGGACUGUCCCCACCAUGUCAAUUUUCCCUCACCCUACUACCAACACCACAAGACCUCCUGAACUACCAAACACCAACACCACAAGACCUCCUGAACCACCAGCAACCAACACCACAAGACCUCCUGAACCACCAAACACCAACACCACAAAACCUCCUGAACCACCAGCAACCAACACCACAAGACCUCCUGAACCACCAGCAACCAACACCACAAAACCUCCUGAACCACCAGCAACCAACACCACAAAACCUCCUGAACCACCAGCUACCAACACCACAAGACCUCCUGAAUUACAAACUACCAACACCACAAGACCUCCUGAAUCACCAGCAACCAACACCACAAGACCUCCUGAACCACCAAACACCAACACCACAAGACCUCCUGAACCACCAGCAACCAACACCACAAGACCUCCUGAACCACCAGCCACCAACACCACAAGACCUCCUGAACCACCAAACACCAACAUCACAAGAUCUCCUGAACCACCAAACACCAACACCACAAGGCCUCCUGAACCACCAGCAACCAACACUACAAGAUCUCCUGAAUCACCAAACACCAACACCACAAUACCUCCUGAAUCACCAGCAACCAACACCACAAGACCUCCUGAACCACCAGCAACCAACACCACAAGACCUCCUGAACCACCAGCUACCAACACCACAAGACCUCCUGAAUUACAAACUACCAACACCACAAGACCUCCUGAAUCACCAGCAACCAACACCACAAGACCUCCUGAACCACCAAACACCAACACCACAAGACCUCCUGAACCACCAGCAACCAACACCACAAGACCUCCUGAACCACCAGCCACCAACACCACAAGACCUCCUGAACCACCAAACACCAACAUCACAAGAUCUCCUGAACCACCAAACACCAACACCACAAGGCCUCCUGAACCACCAGCAACCAACACUACAAGAUCUCCUGAAUCACCAAACACCAACACCACAAUACCUCCUGAAUCACCAGCAACCAACACCACAAGACCUCCUGAACCACCAGCAACCAACACCACAAGACCUCCUGAACCACCAAACACCAACACCACAAUAUCUCCUGAAUCACCAGCAACCAACACCACAAGAUCUCCUGAACCACCAAACACCAACACCACAAGACCUCCUGAACCACCAGCCACCAACACCACAAGAUCUCCUGAAUCACCAAACACCAACACCACAAGACCUCCUGAACCACCAGCAACCAACACCACAAGAUCUCCUGAACCACCAGCAACCAACACCACAAGGCCUCCUGAACCACCAAAAACAAACACCACAAGACCUCCUGAACCACCAACCAACACCACAAGAUCUCCUGAACCACCAAACACCAACACCACAAGACCUCCUGAACUACCAACCAACACCACAAGAUCUCCUGAACCACCAAACACCAACACCACAAGACCUCCUGAACUACCAACCAACACCACAAGAUCUCCUGAACCACCAGCAACCAACACCACAAGGCCUCCUGAACCACCAAACACCAACACCACAAGACCUCCUGAACCACCAACGACCACCAACACAACAAGACUUCCAGAACAACCCACUAAUUCCAACACCACAAGAUCCCCUGAACCGCCUUCUACUACAACCACCACAGAACCCCCUGAACCAACAACUACCACAACCACCACAGAACCAUCUGAACCAACAACUACCACAAGUCCUCCUGAACUACCAACUACCACAACCACCACAGAACCAACAACUACCACAGCCGCCACAGAACCACCUGAACCAACAACUACCACAGCCACCACAGAACCCCCUGAACCAACAACUACCACAAGUCCUCCUGAACUACCAACUACCACAACCACCUCAAGACUCCCUGUUGCACCAACUACCACCACCACCACCCCCACAAGACCUCCUGAACCAUCAACUACCACAGCCACCCCAAGACCCCCUAUACCAAUAACUACCACCACCCCCACAAGUCCUCCUGAACUACCAACUACCACAACCACCUCAAGACUCCCUGUUGCACCAACUACCACCACCACCACAAGACCUCCUGAACUACCAACUACCACAACCACCACAAGACCUCUUGAAGUAGAAACCACGAGCACAAUAUUUUUUCAGUUGUCGAACACCAGUCUGGCAAACAUAUCUCGUCAGAUUGAGCUGGCGGCGUUGGAGAAGCACUUGGACGAAAUGUGGAGUACAAACCAAGGACCACGUAGGAAGAGACAGCUACCGGGCGACAAUGUGGACCAGCAGCCGUAUUCGCACACUUUGUAUGGACUUUUCCAGAUGUCUGACUCCAUUUUCUGCGAGUUAAGCGAUCCUCGGACCAACAACAUCUGCACGACGCCCUGCACUGCUUUCAUCGACGAUGACAUCACGGACGACAUCGAAUGCUUCGUGGCCAGUCAGUACUGGAUGAAUGUCUUCAGGGCGGCCAGCCCUCAGUGUUAUGCCAGCACCGACUUCCUUGAUGAGUGUGUUUGAUCUCGUAACAACAAUAAAUUCUUUCUUGCGCAGCGUUAAA